CUCCGCUGUGUGGUUACCAUGGAUAACAAGGACGCGACUUGUUUGGAGAGAGGAGUUUUGGGGUGAGACGAAGAGACCAGAACCCACAGAGAAAGCUAAGAGUUUAAAUAAGAAGCGGGACCAAGAGAAAGGUGAAGAAGACAUGCUUAGACAGCUGGAUCGGAACUGACUGACUUCAGAACUGUGCAGCAUGGAAGAGAGCAGCACAGACACAGAAGGAGAGAACGAAGCCGACGAGGAGGAGGAGGAAGCCUCAGAGAGGGAGAGGAGGAAGGACCAGAAGGACCGCCCCUUCGCCAUCGUGCCCACAGUUAACAUUCGAGAGGAGCGGCUGGUGGAUUUAGCCGAAACGCCAGCUUUCCGCUGUCUGCACGAGCUGCAUUCUAUGGGAAAACUUCCCGGGACCAGAAUGGCAGAGUUGAAAGCCAAGUACACGGUGCUCCAUGACAUGGUGGUGAGCACCCAGCAGUCGGAGGUGCAGCUGCUGGAGAACGCCAAACUCUUCACGGAACAGAUCCAGCAGCAGCUCGUCCGCCUGCAGCAAGCCGAAGACUUCCCCAACGCCUUCUCCACUGAGGUUUGCAAGCUGCGGGAGCAGCUGCUCAAGUACCAGAACGAAUACAGUGCGGCGCAAGAGAGGGAGUUCCACACCCAGUACAGACUCAACAGCCUAACCGAAGAAAAGAGUCUCAUACUAAAGGAAUUUGAGAAGAUACCUAAGCCAGGUGAAAUGGAGAAGAAGAUGAGAAUACUAAAGGAAAGCACUGAAGAACUGCGCAAGGAAGUAAUGCAGAAGAGACUAGAAAUCAAAAUCCUCCGGGAAGACCUGGUGUCCAAGCAGAAGCAGCUAACGAAGGAGCAGAAGGAGCUGGAGGAGGUGCUGGAGUGUCAGGUUGGCCUGAAGGAUGACGUGGUCCACCAUCAAACCAUUCCUGUACAAAUUUCAAAAGAGAUAGAAAAAAUGACCCGCAAAAAAAUAGAAAUGGAAAAGAAAAAUAUUGUCUUGGAAUACGAAGUCAAAGAGCUAAAUGGGUCUUUAAAGAAGCUUGAGAACAAAGUCAGUGCUCUGGUGGAAGAGAAGGAUGACGUCAUGAAGGAAGUGGAGGGCAAGCGAGCCCUACUGGAAGUGAAGGAACGAGAGUAUAACCAACUACUUAAGAUGCUGGAGUUAACCAAAGAGAACGAAGCUUCCUCGCUAGCUGAAAGAGGCAUCUUGGACCUUAAUCUUCGAAACUGCCUCAUUGACAAGCAGAGCUAUCAUGAUGAACUUUCUCGCAAGCAAAGGGAGAAAGAGCGAGACUUCCGAAACCUGAAGAAGAUGGAGCUGCUCCUGAAAGUGUCCUUGGACGCGUUGGCUCAGACUCAAGCCCUGAAUCAAAGGCUUCUACUCGAGAUUGAAGCUAUCCCUAAGGAUGACCUUCUGUUGCCUGAGAGAAGGAGAGACCUCCAAAAGGAAGUUGAAUUGGCUAAGAGGAACCUGGCUCAGCAGAGAAGCCUAUCCGAAGCGGAAGCGAGGCUGGUGGAGCAGCAGAUCGCAGAGGAAAACAAGCUCUUGAAGGAACAAGAGAACAUGCGAGACCUGGUGUUCAACCUGGGGCGAAUGACUCAGCUCAAAGUUGAUGAGCGGGAACAAAAGUCCAAGGAUUUCCUGAAGGCCCAGCAAAAACUUUUCAAUGUUAUUAAGGAAAUCAAAGCAAAGGACCUUGAGAUCAGACUACACAAGAAGAGAAAACAUGAAAUUCAUCGGAGACUUAAAGAGUUUGCCGCGCUUUAUGACACAAUCAGAAAUGAAAGGAAUAAGUUUGUCAACCUCCUACACAAAGCUCAUCAGAAAGUAAACGAGAUCAGAGAAAGGCACAAAAUGUCAUUAAAUGAGCUGGAAAUUCUAAGGAACAGUGCUGUCUCUCAAGAAAGACUUGCUUUGCAGACACCGUCAGUACUUCCGAGGAAAAUGAUUCUCCCCUGCCCCCCACUGUGCCGCUGUUUUAAAAGGAAGUUGCAGAACGCCGUGCUGAAGCACUCCAACAACGUGACCAUCAGGGAGAGCAUGCAGAACGACGUGUGCAAAAUCACCACCAAGCUUCAGGAGAUGAAGGAGAAGAAGGAGGCGCAGCUGACCAGUAUGGACCGCCUGGCCAGCAUGAUCACCGUCAUUGAGGAGGAGAUGGUGCAGCUGCGCAAAAAGUAUGAGAAGGCCGUCCAGCGUCGAAACGAAUGUGGCGUUCAGCUGAUCGAGCGUGAGGAAGAAGUGUGCAUCUUUUAUGAGAAGAUAAACAUCCAAGAGAAGAUGAAACUCCACGGCGAUGUCGAAAUCCACAUCCUGGAUGAGAAAAUCCGAUUCCUGAAGCUGAAGAUCGCCGAAAAGCAAAGACAGAUCUGCGUGACACAGAAGCUGCUGCCCACCAAGAGGGCCCUUGACGCCGACCUGGCCGCGUUGCAGAUCCAGUUCUCCCAGUGUGCAGACAGAAUCAAAAGCCUGGAGAAACGCUUUAUCAACCCCGACAGCAAGGGCAGAAUCCGCUUCAUUCCCGGGAAAGACCUGACCGAAGAAGAAAUGGUCAAGAAGUUAGACAUGCUGGAGCUUCAGCUGGCCAAGAAGGAGGAGAAGUUACUGGAGAAGGAGUCCAUCUAUGAGCAUGUGUCCCAGCUCACCAACAGGCUCAGAGGCAAAACCCAGACCUGCAAGGAGGACACGCUGCUGUUGGCCAAGAAGAUGAACGGCUACCAAAAACGGAUCAAAGAUGCUACUGAGAAAAUGAUGGCCCUGGUUGCCGAGUUGUCCAUGAAGCAAGCCCUGACCAUUGAACUCCAGAAGGAGGUGAGGGAGAAAGAAGAAUUCAUCUUCUCCUGCGGUUCCAGGAUAGAAAAGGGCCUGCCACUCAACAGAGAAAUCGAGAAGGACUGGCUGAAGGUUCUCCGAGACGAAGAAAUGUAUGCCUUCGCCACCGCUGAGAAGUCCCGGGAAUACAUGGAAACAGAUUACCGGCAGCUGCCCAAUGGUGUUUACACAACGGCAGAGCAGCGCCCCAAUGCCUACAUGCCUGAAGUAGAAACCACGCUUCCUCUGCCCAAACCCUACGGGGCGCUGGCUCCAUUCAAGCCCUCCGAAACUGGAGCCAACAGAAGGCACAUAAGGAAGCCUGUGGUGAAGCCCAUUGAGAUCUAAGCACGUGGACCGGUCCAGGCUUCACCAGACCUGCAGUGGGGAAUGACCACCAGGGUCCUAAUUCUGCCAUCAGUUGGGCACAGUCAACAAGGGAGUGAGACACGCUUCUCACGUUCGCCAACCAGUCCACGCUGUGUGACAUCAAAUGGAGCACAGACUACAAUUAGAGUGUAUUUUCAUUGCUCAUGUCUUUCCUUUUUACUGUUUAUGUCGACUACAUUUCAGGAAUGUAUAGUAGAGAAAACACUGUAAAAAUACAAAAUAAAUAACUUCUCAGAGACACACAGAAAUUAGAGUGGUCUUUUCUAUUAAAGGAAAAACAGGUACUGACUGCCUGAAGGGGGAAGUAGCCCAAGAGACACACAAGAGACACCCGACAGGAGACACACAAGA